AUGUCUGUUUCUAAUAUUGUUGAUCUUGCUCGCCUAUCGUGCGAAAACGGAAUCAAUAACUUUAACGCUUUUGAUCUAAUCAAGGAAAUACUACUCAGCAUAUUAGAUACAGAUUCUAUUCCUUCAAAAUUUAAUUGUUCAUUGAAUGAUUUCUUAGAUAAACAUUGUCCUAAAAUCGUGGAAAGAUUAUUGGGAGCAUAUUGUCUCAAUGAAGAACUCGCAGAUCCUAUUUUUGAUUUCUUAAAAGAAAUUUUAUUAAUUUUCGAGAAACAUUUUCAUCGAUUGAAUGAUGGCUACAUAAAAUCUGUAUGUUUAAUCGUAAGCAGUCUGAAAUGUAACUUAUUUAAAUCAUUUAAGAAAAGAAAUUUUCAUGAGGAAUUAAUUCAAGUUUUAAAUCCCAAAAACAAUGCAGAACAGAUCAACGACAUGAUCAAGGACGCUGAUGAACAAAACCUACAUAAGAUUUCAUUGAUUUUUUCAAUAAUUUCACAAAUUAAUUUCACUUCUCCAUCAUUCAAGCCAAUUCUGACAUUCAUUGACCAAACAUGUUUAUCAGAAAAAGUAAAUCCCGAUGAUUUGACAAGAAUUUACCGAUCAUUAAUCAAGAUUUUACCAGAUGAACGAGAAAGCAUUACCAAAUUGUUUGUCAAGUCAUCAGAACAUUAUCUAAAUACAAAUGUCAAAUGGAUCAUUACAAAUAUUCAAUAUUUCAAAGUAGAUAACAUUUUCAUGAAGAAAAUCAUUGAUCAAGCACCAAAUAACAUGUUAUUGGAGCUUGUUAAUUGUAUAGAUUCAUAUGAUGACGAUGUUAAGCUUCAUCUCUUUAAGAAAACGUUGAAUCAAAAUUCAAUUCAAUCAUGGAGCUGUCAUUUAGACAAAUUCUUCUUCGAUAACUUUGAUUCAGCAGAUAUAAACGAAUCCAACUACAAAUUUAUGAUGUUUGCAUUAAGAAAUAGUGAAAUUGAUCAAAAAGACAAAUAUUUCAAGAAAUUACAGUCAUAUGUAUCGUAUGAAGAUGAUUUCAAUACUUUACAAGCUUUGUUUCCCGACCAAUCAUUGAAAAAUUUUGUUGAUUCAUUUUCAAGAUUAAAACCAACAGAAAUCUACUCAAUUAUCGAGAAUAACUUCAAUAACAUUGAUAUAGAUCUAUCAACAGUUGUUCAGAACACUGAAGAAGAAGAUUUGGAGAAAUUAAUUCAAAUUUUACCAAAAUUAUCUUCAGAAUCCAUCAGAAAACUGGAGAAUUACGUUUUAUCUCUCAAGUUUACAGAGAAUAGACUUAAAUUGGAGCAGAAAAUCCAUGAAAUAACGAAAGAUGAAGAAAUUAUUAAAAAAAUCUGUAGAAAACAACAGUGA